GUCCUGCACGUGUACAUGGGCCAGGCCCGGCUGUGCACCACCCUGAGCGCUGCCCACUACAAGUAUCUGGGGCAGUUUGUCUCAAAAAAAAAAGUAUCUGGGGCAGAGACAGCAAACAGAUCAUCCAGUGGAUCACGGCGGACCGGCGGCUUCCCCUUUUACCUUUCUUCCUCCUUGGCUCCUCUCGAGAGUGCUUCCUCCGUUCGUGUAUCGAUGAACUGUAACCUGCUACUGCAACAGAGAGCGUAGAUCGAACCCUGUGUCCAUCUAUUCCCUUACACUUCAGUAGGCAACCAUUACACAAUUGCAGUCACACCAUGCUGAGCAGAAGCUGAUCACCCUCGAGUCCCUAGCCAGGUACAGUCCAGGAUGGUAAUUAGGACCUCCAAGGCUUCAGAGCUCGGAUCGGCCAUGGCGAUUGGAGCUGUGCUGUCGCAACAAUGGAGCUUGCUUUUCUCGGUUGCGGCACUCGUGGCUCUAUGGUGGGCCUGGCGGGUGCUGGAGCUGGCCUGGAUCACCCCGCGGAGGCUGGACCGAGCGCUGCGGGCCCAGGGCCUCGGCGGCAGGGCGUACCGCUUCCCGUUCGGCGAUCUGCGGGAGUUUUCCCGGCUGGUCGCCGUGGCCCGGUCGGUGCCCAUGCUGCCGCCGUCACACAAUAUCACAGCGCGGGUGGCCCCCCUGUACCACAGCGUGAUCAAGGAGCACGGGAAGAUCUCCGUGACCUGGUUCGGCCCGACCCCGAGGGUGAUCGUGAACGAUCCAAAACUGGUGCGGGAGAUACUGGCCAACAAGUCCGGGCACUUCCGGAAGCGCAAGUUCAGCAACGGCAUCGUCAGGCGGCUGGCCAACGGGCUGGUGAGCCACGACGGCGAGAAAUGGGCCGCUCACCGGAAGAUCAUCAACCCCGCAUUUCAUCUCGAGAAACUCAAGAAAAUGAUGCCCGCUUUCGUCGCCUGCUGCAAUGAGCUGGUGACUAGGUGGGAGGAUCGCGUGGGGUCCGACGAGGCCAAGGAGAUAGACGUGUGGCCGGAGUUCCAGAACCUCACCGGCGACGUGAUCUCCCGUGCGGCGUUCGGCAGCAGCUUCAGCGAAGGGAGGAGGAUUUUCCAGAUACAGUCGGAGCAGGCCCAGAAUGUGGUGAAGAUGCUGAACACCCUAUACCUCCCAGGUUUCAAGUUCUUGCCGAUGCAACUCAACCGACGGGUGAAGGCGAACGCGCGCGAGGUCGAGUGGCUGCUGAAAGGCAUAAUCGGCAGGAGGGAGAGGGCCAUGAGAGAAGGCAACGCCAGCAACGAUGACCUGCUGGGCGUGCUGAUGGAGUGCAACGCCGCGGAGACCAAGGAAGCCGGGAGCUCCAAGCCCAUCAUGACCAUGGACGACAUCAUCGGGGAGCUGAAGCUCUUCUACUUCGCCGGAAUGGACACCACCGCCGUGCUGCUCACCUGGACGCUGGUGGCGCUGAGCAUGCACCCCGAGUGGCAGGACCGCGCGAGGGAGGAGGUCCUGCGCGUCUUCGGGAAGGAGGACCAGCCGGACCUGGACGGCGUAAACCAGCUCAAGGUGGUGGCCAUGGUGCUGCACGAGGUGCUCAGGCUGUACCCGCCGGUCAUCCAGUUCGACCGGCAGACGUACACGGAGGUGGAGCUGGGCGGCGUCAGGUACCCGCCGGGCGUGAUCCUCUCGCUGCCCAUCGUGUUCCUCCACCAUGACCCGGACGUCUGGGGAGAGGACGCCGACGAGUUCAGGCCGGAGAGGUUCGCCGAGGGCGUCUCCAAGGCGUCCGGGAACUCGUCGUCGUCGGCGUUCUUCCCGUUCGGCUGGGGCCCGCGGAUCUGCGUCGGCCAGAACUUCGCGCUCAUCGAAGCCAAGAUGGCGCUGAGCAGGAUACUGCAGCGCUUCGAGUUCGGGCUGUCGCCAUGCUACAGGCACGCCCCGUUCCCGGUCUCCACCCUGCAGCCUGAUCAUGGCGCGCCCAUCCUGCUCAAGAAACUCUAAGUCUCAACAUGCUGUCUUAAAAUAAUCUCCUCAGCGUACUGUAAACCAAGAGAGAGGUACUUCUUCCGUCCUAUAAUAUAAGAGCGUUUUUGACACUAGUAUAGUGUAAAAAACGUUCUUAUAUUAUGAGACGGAGGGAGUAUUUGUUUGUUUUCUGGGUUUUGUUUAAUUGUUAUCAGAGGUGAAGCUCAAAUAGAUUGGUUUCAUCCAUCGUCUCAUAAUAUAAGAGCAUUGUUUUAUACUAGUGGAGGGAGUAGUAGUUCAUAUCAGGAUAUCAAGAUCCUUAA